AUGGAGAAAAAUGUGCAAGAAAAAACCACCAACGAAAUCGAGUCGCCGGUGAAAACACCACCGCGGCCGCCGCCUGCACCAAAUGACGACGGCGGCGAUGAACCUGAGAUCAACUACAGGGGCAUCAAAUCCAUGCCUUUCAUCAUUGGUAAUGAAACGUUUGAGAAGCUGGGAGCAAUCGGGACGUUAUCGAACCUGCAAGUAUAUCUAACCACCGUAUUCAACAUGAGCCGCAUUUCCGCCACCAUGCUUCUCAACGUCUUCAACGGCACCACCAACAUCGCCACCUUGGUCGGAGCUUAUCUCUCCGACACCUACUUCGGCCGUUACAAAACCCUCGGCUUCGCUUCCGUCGCCUCCCUCUUCGGAUUGUUAGUAGUGAACCUAACAGCAGUAUUCAAGAACCUACAUCCGGCGAAAUGUCUGCCGGAAAACAACGGCCACUGCGUGGGGCCGGACGCGGGCCAAACGGCGUUCCUACUUCUCGGGUUCGGGCUUUUGAUAAUCGGGGCGGGUGGGAUCCGGCCAUGCAACUUAGCAUUCGGGGCGGAUCAGUUCAACCCGAAUACCGAGUCGGGUAAACGGGGCAUAGACAGCUUCUUCAACUGGUACUACUUCACCGUCACGUUCGCGGAGAUAGUUUCGGUGACGGUGGUGGUUUACGUGCAGUCGAACGUGAGCUGGUCGAUAGGGCUCGGGAUUCCGACAAUUUUCAUGUUCUUCUCUUGUCUGCUCUUCUUUGUCGGGUCGAGAAUGUACGUCAAGGUGAAGCCGGAGGGGAGUCCGAUGAGUAGCCUCUGUCAGGUGCUGGUGGUGGCGGUGAAGAAGCGGCGGCUGGUGCUCGGCGGCGAUCACCACGGUGUGGAGCUUUUCAACUACGCGCCGCCCAAGUCUAUCAAUUCUAGGCUGCCUUAUACUGAUCAAUUCAGAUUCUUGGACAAAGCUGCAAUAAGAACUUCGGAAGACCGCGUAAACCCAGACGGAUCGCCCGCGAACCCAUGGAGCCUCUGCAGCAUGCAACACGUGGAAGAGACGAAAUGCGUCCUCCGCGUAAUCCCCGUUGCACUCACCGCAAUCCUCUACCACAUCGGCGCGCAACAACAAUACGUGGUCUUCCAAGCCCUCCAAUCCGACCGCUACCUACCCAACACCAACUUCCAAAUACCCGCCGCAUCCUACGUCAUCUUCGCCAUGCUAAGUCUAUCCCUGUGGGUCCCGUUCUACGACCGCCUCGUCAUCCCCUUCAUGCGGAGAAUCAAGAACAAGAAAAGAACCCGAGCGGGGGAAAAACGGGAGUCCUCCGGAGGAGGGUUCACCGCCCUCUCUAGAAUCGGGAUAGGAAUAUUCAUAACGGUUAUAGAAUCGAUCAUAGGCGUGUUUGUGGAGCAGAGGAGAAGAUCCUCUGCUCUCAGAGCGGGCGGGCCCACAUCCCCCAUGUCGGCGAUGUGGCUGGUCCCGCAGCUGGCCCUUGGCGGGCUGGCUGAGGCGUUUAACGCGAUCGGCCAGAUCGAGUUUUACUACAAGGAGUUUCCGGAGAAUAUGAGGAGUAUCGCGGGCUCGUUCUUCUUCUGCGGGAAUGCGGUUUCGAGCUACGUUUAUAGUUUCUUGAUAUCGAUUGUGCAUAAGAUGACGGAGAAAUCGGGGACCGGGAAUUGGUUACCGGAGGAUUUGAAUAAGGGGAGGUUGGAUAACUUUUAUUACCUCGUCGCGGCGUUGUGCGCGUUUAAUUUCGGGUUUUUUCUUUUGUGUGCUAGCUGGUAUAGGUACAAGGGGAGUGGUGAAAGUGGUAGUGUAGAGAUGGAGAUGGAGGUGAAGAAACUUGACCAGCAUUCUGCUUGAUUGUAUAAUUCAUGAUUUACAGACAACCUCGUACAAGAAUUCUUUGUUCAGGUGAAUCUUGAAUUAAAUGAAAAUUGGCACUUAUGUAAUAGUUUUAUCUAUAUUUACUUUAUUGUAUAACAUUUUUAAGAUAUUAUGCAAAAAAAAACAAAAAUAGAUAUAUCUAGGCAAAAAAAUAACAUUGAAAUUAUGGAAUAAAGAGAAAAAUAAAUUAUGUAAAAAAAAAAAAAACAUGCCACAUCACCAAAAGACAAUACUUUAUGAACAACAUUUGAGUUCCUUCUAGAUUAAUAUUUUUUUUCAUACAAGAUUAAAAUAAAUAAAAAAGAAAAAAGAAAAA